UGAUAUAUUGAUCUCUCUACAGAUGUUUUUGGUCACGUACAAGAUAAAUUUUACAUUACGAAAGAUCUAACUUCAAUAUGGCGACUGCUUGUCAGUCACAUUCCAGAGUUGGAAACGUUGGAAAGGUAUCUUCCCCCUUCCACUCUUUUUACAUAUACGUUAUACUUACCUUCCUAUUACAUUAUCAAACGGAAGAAAGAGAUAGUAAUAUAAUUAGUCAAAACAUCCAUUAAAUAGUAUCAAUAAAUUUAUAAAUUUAUCAACUUUAUACAAUAAUUGAAAAAGUUAUAAAGUCAUUAACAAACGUUUUUAUUGUUGCCUUAUUUGUAAAAAAAAGUUUAUUUCUAGUGUAACGUUAUUUUACAGUGUGUGGGUGAGUAAUUUGACGUGUAAGCCUUUAAAGACAGCUGUCAAAUGAUUUAUUAAUAAACUUUUGUUGUGUACAACUUUCUAAUAAUUUUUAUAUUUAUUUCAUUCAUUGAUCUAUAUAAUGCUUACCACUUAACCUUCUAUUUUGCCUGUAUUAGCCAUUUAAAUGUAUGUUUCAAGUGUUAAAGUAUAUCAAAUAAUUAUCAACAUCACUGGGAUUAAUUUAUUGAUUGUUAUUUAAUAAUCUAAGCUUAAUUAUUUAUAAUAAGAAAGAAAAAAAUUGUAUAAUAAUAUGAGUCACAGGUGAUGAGUAUAAACUACACUCUUAAUUCAUCUCUCCAAUUUUCUACUGAGUCUUGCUGCAAAGCAAUUAUUUUAUCAGCCUUGGAACUGGGUAUUAACACUAAAAAAGUGUGUUCCGAAGGCUCAAACAUAUCAACCGACGAGCUGGCGCUUUUAGGGAAGCUGGAAGAGGCUAAUCGAUUAAUCGAGUCAGAUGUGAAAUCAUGUAACUCAUUACAAAGUAAUCACAGUAGAAAAAGUUCUGAUACAUCUCAGACUCAGGCAUCGGGCGUCAGCGGUGAUAGUGAAACUGCGGCCCGAUGCCACACCCCAACUGAUGGAGAAGUUGAUGUCUGGAAACGAUGGGGUAAUAUCGUAGCAGAUUGGGAGAAUUAUUGGAAGAAACAUAAAGAUGUUAUUAAAGAAUUAGUUAAACAAGGGAUACCACAUCAUUUUAGGGGUAUUGUAUGGCAGUUAUUAUGUGGCGCGCAUGAUUCGCCUGUUAAAAAACAGUUUGCUGAAUAUAUUAAAGCAACGUCAGCUUGUGAAAGAAUCAUCAGAAGAGACAUAGCUCGAACAUAUCCAGAACAUGAGUUUUUUAAAGAAAAAGAUGGAUUUGGUCAAGAAAGUUUAUUUAAUGUUAUGAAAGCUUAUAGUCUUCAUGAUCGUGAAGUGGGAUAUUGCCAGGGAUCUGGCUUUAUUGUUGGAUUGUUGCUCAUGCAGCAAAUGCCAGAAGAGGAAGCUUUUGCUGUCUUAGUAGCUCUCAUGCAAGAAUAUCGUUUAAGAGAUAUGUUCAAACCCAGUAUGGCUGAACUAGGCGUCUGCAUGUACCAAUUAGAACACUUAGUAUCAGACACUUAUCCAGAACUCGCGGCUCAUUUUACAGCUCAAAGUUUUCAUACCUCGAUGUAUGCCUCUUCCUGGUUUCUUACAUUAUUCACAACAGCGUUAAGCUUGCCUUUAGCGUGUAGAAUUUUCGAUGUCUUUCUUAUGGAGGGUAUGGAUAUCAUUUUUAAAGUUGCUUUAGCUAUGUUGGAUUUGGGAAAAGAUGAUUUGCUCAGUUUGGAUAUGGAAGGAAUGUUGAAGUUCUUUCAGAAAGAAUUACCGGGUAGAGCGGAAAAUGAUCCAGACAAGCUGUUGAAUUUAGCCUAUGGAAUGAAGAUAAAUCCAAAGCGUAUGAAAAAAUUAGAAAAAGAUUACACCGUACUUAAAAUGAAAGAACAAGAAGAGAUGGUUGAGUUGCGAAAAUUACGAGCAGAGAAUAAAUUGCUGAGACAAAGAUGUGAAUUAUUAGAGGCUGAAUCUGCAGAAUUAGCUGAUCGAUUAGUAAAGGGUCAAGUUUCUAGAGCAGAAGAAGAAGAAACGUCGUUUGUAGUACAACGAGAGUUAGCAGCUUUACGACAUACUCAUUUGGAGACGAGUCAUCAACUGGAACAAGCACAUGAAGAACUGAGGUCUUUGUCGAUGCUUUUAGAGGAAAAUAUGUCGUCUAAACAGUCAUCUAUAGAUGAAAUAGUAAUGAAACAAGAAGCUCUUUCACAGAAAGAAGAAAUGGUGGAAUGUUUACAGGAAGAAUUAGUACGUGUGCGACUACAUGAGGCUGAAAAAGAUGCGACAAUCAGAGACUUAAGAGCUAGAAUACAAGAAUUAGAACAAGAUAAAAAAACUCUCCGUGAAUCAACGCCUGAUAAUUCUGUGGCGCAUUUACAAGAGGAAUUAAUUGCUGUUAAACUUAGAGAGGCUGAAGCAAAUUUAUCAUUAAAGGAUCUCAGACAAAGAGUUACAGAACUAAGUACAGCAUGGCAACGGCACUUACAAGAACAUCGAUCAGCACAAUCAGCUCCGGCAGCUGACUCUACUCCCAAAAAAUUACUAUUCUGGGAAAAUCGUGGACAUGAGGUUCAAAAACUUGAAGAAGACUUAAUGUCUACAAGGGUUCGAGAGAUGGUGGUACUUAGUGAAGUUAAAGAACUUAGGCUCAAGGUGAUGGAAUUGGAAACUCAAGUUCAAGUGGCUACAAAUCAAUUAAGGAGACAAGACGAAGGCGAAAAGUUACUUCAUGAAGAGUUAGAGACUGCUACAGCUAAAGUUAAAGAAUUAACAAGUAAAUUACGUGAACAAAUGCACAAAUAUUCUGAUCUAGAAUCGAAAAUGAAAGAUGAUGCUAUGAUGGCACGAGUUAGGGACGCUGAACAUGCUCAACACGUUGCUGAAUUAACCCAAAAAAUAUCUUUAUUAGAGCUAAAGAAUGAAGAAAUGUAUGCUGAAGGUGAAUUGAGAAGUAAUUUAGAUGAUAGUGAUCGAGUACGCGAUUUGCAGGACAAAGUUGCGGAAUUGAAGGCAGAGAUCUUGAGAUUGAAAAAUAGUAAAAAGUGGACUGGUUCUACCGAACUUAUUGGACGUAAUUUUAGUUUUGAACCUGAAAGUGAAUUGGACGAACGUGAUCUCAGGAUUUGUUUACAAGAUCAAGUUAAUAACACACCUUUACCAGAUUCUCCUAGAAUCUAGUACAAGGAUUAUUCAGCAUCGAACGAUAAAAGGAAUAUUGAAAUGAAAACUUCAAUAUUAGUUAACUUCUCGCUGUCAUAUUUAUUCAUGAUAAAUACAUUAAGAGACUUUAACUCAUUCAUUCCAAUCGUACUGUGCUAAAUUACGUUUACUUCAUGCCAAUAUUUUCAAUGUAAUAUUUAUAAGAUUAUCGCAAAAUGUUUUUUAUAUGAACAUUUUUUAUUUUUAUUUUUUUAUUCUCGAGCUUAAUUGGCCUCAAAGAUUUAUAUGAAUGUUUACUACGAAAUAUGAAUCGUAGUAAUUAUACAUUUUUUAAAAUUUUAUGGAGUGAUGCUAGCUCUGAAAGUGAGUUGAAGGCAUUAAAUAGCAUUACAUGAAUAAAAAUAUGACAGUCAUAAUUUAAUUAAUGGAAUUUAGUAUGUGUGUAUGGCACAAUACUAAGUAUUGUAUUAUUGCACUUAGUGUUUAGAAAACUAUAUUGAUUUUACAAAAAAAAAAAA